GCUGUCUCCUGUUUUUCCUGCAUUUGUGGGUCCAUGGGUAGCAGGGAGGGGGCACACUGCUCUUGACCAGUAAGGGCAGGACCUUGUUUAGAGAGGGGUGCUGCUUUUGUGCUCAUUACCUUGAACCUCGGCCCCUGGGCCAGACGAGUGUGGCGUUUUCGGCCCACGCUGGGCGAUCCUGAGGAUCCUUCCGGAGAUUGUUGGCAGCAUCGCGAACAGGUGCUGCGGAGGCGGGGCCAGAGGCGGGGCCUUCGCUUCCGUUUCCGGUCUCGGUUCCGGGAGGGCUGUGGAGAUGCUGCCGGCGCCGAGGGAGAGGGCUAAGUCUGCGUUCCUGCGACUUGCAAUCGUGGUGUGCACCAUGGCCCGAGCAUCUACGGUCUCGCUUCCUGAACUGCGUUCGCUUCUAGCCUCGGGCCGGGCCCGGCUCAUCGACGUGCGAUCUCGGGAGGAGGCGGCAGCUGGGACCAUCCCAGGGGCAGUCAACAUCCCGGUGUCUGAGUUGGCAAGUGCCCUGCAGAUGGAACCAGCUGCUUUCCAGGCUUUGUACUCAGCUGAGAAGCCAAAGCUGGAAGAUGAGAACCUCGUUUUCUUCUGUCAGAUGGGCAAGCGGGGCUUCCAGGCUAUGCAGUUGGCCCGGGGCCUUGGAUACACUGGGGCUCGCAACUAUGCUGGGGCCUAUAGAGAAUGGUUCGAGAAGGAGGGUUAAUUUGAAGGUGGCUUACUGAUUGCCCCUCAUCCUCCCUUGACUCUUCCCGAAUGACACUCCCUGGCCACCUUAACUAGGAGCUGACUUGCUUGCUGGGUGGGCAACUCCUUGUCAUGCUGUGCACACAAAAACAUCAAAUAAAGAACAUUUAAUCAAAA